UCAGCAAAGACCAGUGCCCAAGAGUGAAUUAAACCCAGAGCUCAUCUGCCCUCAUCGUAGUACGAUUAAUUCAGCUGACAAGAUAUAGUACAACAUGACGGGGACAUCAUAGUCAAGGUUAACGCAACGGCUCUCUGCGGAUCUGAGCUUCACACUUUUCGAGGCCAUCAGCCUUCUAACACGGGCUUCAUCAUGGGCCAUGAAUUUGCCGGUACGGUAGUAGCCGCGGGAAAAGACGUUCAAUCCGUUAAGAUUGGUGACAAAGUUGUGUCGCCCUUCACGGUCUCCUGCAUGAAAUGCUUCUACUGCAAGAAUGGGUAUUCGUCUCGAUGUGACCAUAGCUUAUUGUUUGGCUGUGAGAAACUGGAUGGUGCCCAAGCCGACUUUGUACGCGUACCCCUUGCAGACGGUACUGUAAUGAAGGCACCGCCCGAGAUCGACGACAAUGCCCUGGUUCUCAUGGCGGAUAUAUUUCCCACUGGUUUCUUUGGUGCCAGAAACGCCUUCAAUGCCCUCGGCGCGCUAGAUCCUUCCGAAGCCACAGUCGUCGUCAUCGGCUGCGGGCCGGUAGGGCUGUGCGCAAUAGUCUCGGCACUUGAGUAUAAGCCGAAACAUUUAUUCGCCGUCGACAGUAUUGACAGCCGCCUCGAACUUGCAAAAAGCUUGGGAGCAGAACCCCUUAACUUCGCGAGGGACAAGGAGUCCAUGAUUGCUCGAAUUAAGGAAGUCACAGACGGCCGAGGCGCUGAUGCAGUUAUUGAGGUGGUCGGGUUGAGCCCCGCUCUAAGGACAGCAUUCGAUGUCCUGCGACCUUUUGGCUUCAUAAGUAGUAUCGGCGUUCAUAAUGCCGAGAUCCCAUUCAGUGGCACUGAAGGGUACGGUAAAAACGUGAGGUUGCAGAUGGGAAGGUGUCCUGUUCGUUCAAUAUUUGCCGACGCGCUCAAGGUCCUAUCUAAGAACCAGCAUCGAUUUGGGUUUAUGUUCGAGAAGAUUAUGCCGCUCUCUAUGGCUGUAUCUGGAUAUGACCUGUUUGACAAAAUGCAGGCACAAAAAGUAAUUUUCAAACCAUAGCUGAGAAGAUAUAGCGAAGCUACCUAGGUAGGUUGUCUUGUUGAAUGAGAUAGAGCCACCAGGUUAUAAGCCUAGUUCUGCCGAGGUUUCACGAUGCCGUCGUGCAUGAAAUAGUAGACAAUGGUAGAAUCGUCGUGCAUCGUAGCAAGCAGUACUCUCUUAACACGAUCCGGAUUUGCUGGAGUUUGUGGCGGCAUAGAAUCGAAAACACUUGCAAACGCCCUGAGCGUCCAUUUCUCGGCCAAGUGAGUCGGCAGUACCCAUUCAACGACAGGCUUCUCUGGAAUACGCCCCGCCAGAUCGGGAUUAGAUUUCAGCAUCUCGAUCUGGUCAUCAGGAUGCAGGUAGAGUUGACGAGGAGGGAGCCCGGAGACCAUUGGUCUGGGUAGAGGCGAGUUGUCCACGGGGGAAUGAGUCAAUAUCUGCAGCUCGGUCCAGUCAUGCUGGUACCGGAGGUUGUCAAGCACGGUGGCCGCAAGGUGUUCGAAGUACGUUUUCUCGGUCAUCCUGAACCUUACACCUUCUUGAUGUUCGAUGAUGUAAAUAAUGAAAGUGUAUGGAAAUCUUCAAGUCAAAAAAUGAGGACCCUUUUGGCAAGAAUAAUCAGAUAAUAUGC